AAAACAAGAACACAAAAUCGAAAGCGAAAAGAGCAAAAACCUUUUGCUCAUCUUCAUCUUGUCUAAAUUGAGAGAAAUAUAUAUACAUAUAUAUUAAAAUUUAAAAGUAUUAAUCAAAAACAACCUGCAGAAUGGUUCAAAAAAUAUUCUUCUAUCAAAUUAUGCUGAUGGCAUUGAUCCCACCCUUGAUCCAGGCGAGGCCCUCGGCAUUGGAUGAAACAGUGGAUCCCAGUGCAUAUCAUGGGAAUCUGUCGCCGGAGACAAUAUUAAAGGUGCAGCAAUGCGAGAGGGAUGCCUCCACAAUGGAAUUGUGUAUGCGCUGUGCCAAGGUCACCAAAUCGGAGUUCGUUUAUCCGAUGUGCUGUAACAAUGAUGAUUCCAUAAAGGAUUGGUGCAAGGCCUAUGUUUAUUUUGGCAUCAGUGAGGAAAAUUAGUCAAAAUCUACAAAACAAAAUUGGGGUUUCGACAUCCUGCAAUGAUUGGCUGUGAUAAUUAAAAAACAAUUACCAUAUAAAUUAUAUAUUUAUCUAUC